AUGCUAAAGUGUUGCCGACUACUCUGGCUCGGCGUCAGAUCCCAGGCAUUGUGCGCAAUGCGAAUUCCUACGGAAGCGUUGCCGAUUUGAAAGGAAAUCCCGCUGCAGUCGCGCACAUAUUGCACUACAGACCUGAGGCGUCGGCCUUGUCGGCGAGGAAUCGGCAUGGUUUUGUUGGCAGUGCGUGCGUUUGUCGUUUCGCUUGCCCAGUUGACUUGUCGACCACUCCUUCCGGCUGCGUCUCGCCAGUACAAGUACAUAUCCACCGAUACCUCGCGGAAAACGACUCCUCGAAGAUCGUCUGCACGAACCUUUCCGCCAACUUCGUUUCACAUCCGUCCAUCGGCUGCUGUGUAUACUCUGGGGAGCCAUGGCGCCGGCCGAAACGCAUGACGACUGGACGUUUGUGAACUCGAUAGAACCACGGCUCCUGCGCUCGCAGUUUCAGCGAGAAGCCCAGGAAGAAAUCCGAACGACCAAUGGCACCGUGGCGAUAUAUCACCCAGACAAGGUCCGCAAGUUCCUGUCGGAGUGCAAGAUCUCCUCAAUAUGUGAGACGAUGGGCCUGUCUUUGUGUGACGACAGUACCGAUUCCAGGGCGAUACGAAAGAGCUUCCUGAAGACGACUCCGGCGAAGAUACAUAAACGCUUCUGCCUCAUCCUGGGCAUCCUGAUCGAAACCAAAUGGACCGAUGUGCUGCCGUGCUUCGUGCAUGAUAGACUGAACGACCAAGCCCUCGAAGGAGACUCGUUCCAGCGGGAAAGGUUCCGGCAGUUCCACGAGCGGCACGGCCUACCGCCGGACUUCUCCACCGACUUUUGGCGGGCGAAGAAGUCCUUCUUCUUGCCUAAGAUUCGGUCUGGUGAGCAUCAUGUCAUCCGGAAGGACGAUCUGCUGCCGGUUUCCUUCCUCGCUAAGCCACUCGGAAGGGGGUCCCACGGCGUCGUCUACGCCGGCAACCUGAUCCCGGGCCUUCACUGGAGUGACGAAACCCAGACGCCCGUCGCGGCGAAGAAAUUCAAUACCUCCAACGAUCGGAACAUAGAAUACGACAAGAUCCAGAAAUUCGCCGCCCAUCCGUUCGUCUUGCCAGCUCUAUGCACCAUCGACCAUGGAUCCUCCUACUACAUUCUUUUCCCACGAUGCAAGACUUCGCUGCGAGAUCUGUUCAAGGUCAACGAAUGCACCAAUUCACCCGCCGAGAUGUUGCAGCACUACGUGGGACUGCUAGGUGCGCUGGCUUUCUUGCACAGAGACCAACGCGAGGUGUGGAAUUAUCAUUUCGACAUCAAGACCUCCAACAUCCUAGUGAAAUACAACGGCGUGUUCGUCCUGAUCGACUUUGGAACCGCAUAUUCCAAGACCAAGCUCGGAUCGCAAGACUCGGGCACCGAGGCAGGGAAACACAGCUACAGUGCCGAGUACAAGGCACCCGAGAGCGGCAAGAUCGGCAGGAAGUUUGACGUGUGGGCCAUCGGAUGUAUCGGCAUCGAGCUUCUCGUCUGGAUCAAGGAGGGUGCGCGGGGGGUUCGCAGCUUCCAAAAGAGCCGGCAGAAAGACAUCCCCAGAAGCGAAAUGGAUCGCACCCCGUACUACUACGUUGGUAAUAGUCUGGCGCCCUCGGUUCAUAAAAAGUUACGCAUCUUGAGUGCAGAUUUCCCCGGAGAGGUCGAUAUAUUGCGAAGGAUGCUCAAGAUCGACCCGAGCAACCGUAUCACCGCCGAGACGGCACAUAAGCGCUUCGAGGAUUGAGGUCAAGACAUCCUUGCAGCUCAGUUGGCUGCCCAUUGAAUUCCUGGAGUCCGACGAGGAGGAGCCUGAGCCGAAGAA